AUGCCCAAAGAUCCUCGAGCACCACAGAAGAUUAGAGACAAGACUAUAUCCCACCUUCGCUUCAACGACAUCGCCGAUUACUACAACAUUAAGAAGUUGGCCAAACUUUCGACUGGCAAGAUCGACCUCAUUCUCAAGAAGGAGGUGGACUUUUUCAUCAUUCCUCGGAUCAUCGACGAGAUGUCUACCUCGAACAGAGAUGCCGUACUCCGCUCCCUCAUCGUCUCGGCUACGGCCAGGUACAUCGAGGAACUCACCUCGUCGCAAGUCCUUCCAACCAUCGACCUUGAACACCAUGUCACGAUUGAGAUACUCGAGGCCUGUGGUGAAAGGAUCCAACAGCUCAUAAAUGCCGUAAUUGCACGAAGGAAUUCGGGUGCUACCUCCAGGAGCCUUCUUUCGGUUCUGGCGAGGGAAGUCCUUAUGUUCUUCGUUGCUCAGGCUGUCUGUGUCGCCAUUGAUGAUCUCAUCCGUAUGUACGGUGAGCCCCAGGCUUGA